CACUCUCAUUCACACCUACGGGCAAUUUAGAGUCUCCAAUUAACUUAAGCUGCAUGUCUUUGGACUUUGGACUACACCACAGUGCCACUCUGCUUUUUAAACUUUUUCUUUUUAUUAUUUCCAGGUGUAGUAACCCACUGUGAUGGCACACAGGACAGAGCUCAGUGUUAUGGAGCUUUGGGAGGAACUGUGGUCCUCCAGCUGAUGAACAAACACUCUAACUUACUUAGAUACCAAUUGUUGAAUAAAACCCACAUAAUACUGAGUGUGAGAAAGAAUAUCUCUGAAUCUAAUCUGAUAGCAAACAGAUCCUUCGUUACUCCCAAAAAUGGAACAUUUAUGAUCUGUCAACUGAGCAGGACUGAUGGUGGUGAAUAUACACGUAAGACCUUUGAUUUAAAUGGACAGAAAUCAGCGCGGACUCUACAGUUAACCAUUCAAGCUCCUGUGUCCUCUGUCGGGCUGGUCUCUCAGUGUCUGUCCCAGGGAGAGAUGGAGGUGUCCUGCUCCUCUCAGGGAGCGGACAGUCCUCAGUACAGCUGGACUCUGGAUGGAAAAGCUCUGACAGACUCUGAGCUCCUCUCUGGAAACACUGAGUCUCACAAAAUCACUCUGAGACAACACGUCUCAGGACGGCUGGUCUGCUCGGUCUGGAAUAACGUCAGUAGUGACUUAAAGGAAGUGAACUUAUCUACCUGUGUCCAGGCAUAUUUCUCCCUGCUCAUAUGUGGAGUACGUGCCGCUGUGGUUAUUCUUGCAUUGAUUGGGAUCAUCGUCUUUUUUGCUUGGAAGAAAAAGAAAAACCAGAUGGCUGAAGGCUCUGUUGUCUGUGGACAGAUGGACCAACAGGAGAACUCUGUUGUGAUGGUUGAAGUGAGAAGUUCUGCAUCCGAACUGUAACUGUGUGAAUCCAGUGCCGUCUGACUCUUUUCACUCGGUCACUACAGUUGUUGCUUGGUGAAAGAAGGACGCUUUCUUUUGAAUUAAUUCCCACAGAGAGAUUGUCUUGUUGUGAAAUGUUCAGUGCACUGGUGCCUUUGGAGGGUGAUGAAGCAUCCAGAGGCCCACAGCGCAGUUUAAUUGUCAUAUUAGCACAGCAACUAAUUUUUAUGCCAUUUUGAAAUUAUUGUACAUAAAUUUCCACAUCGUCACCCUCUGGGGAAAACAAUGUAUGUUUAGAUAAUUGAAGGAUUAAGCAUUUGUUUCUCCCACUUCUUUGUGUAAAUCAGAUAUUAUAAAACACACUGGAUUAUCUGAAAAAUGGAUGGAAACAGAUAUUUUUAUUAGAAGCGACAAGAUUACAGACUAACAGGUACUUGACAUAGAAGCUAUGUAUAUUCUAAAAAUUGAUAUUUUGCAUUAAAAAUGUGUA